GUGCAGCAAAUUCAAUUGUAGUAACCUCUGAUACAGUUUCCAAUUACUUAUCUAAGUACCUAAUGUUUGAUAAUUAAAUUCACGACGUAGAUUAGAAUGUUAAAGGUUUAUUGAUCUUUAUUCAAUUUCAUGUAACUGUUGGAAGUUUAUAUAAGCAAUGUGUACAACAUAUUUUGAAGUGUGCUAAAUGUUAUAAAUAUUUGUGAAUUUUUAUUUUUUUUAUUCUUGUUAAUGUUUUUAAUAUUUCAAUUUUUAUUAUUUAAUUUAUUUAACAUUGAUCACAGAUUACUGGUCCAUUCACACCAGAGUUAGAUUUAUGCAUCAAUUAAUAUGUGAGUUACUAUAACGCUGAUUGACAUUGGAUUAUCUCCACUUGGAAUUGUUUUCAAAUUUAACACAUUAAUACAUUACAGUUAUCUAUUGGUACUCAAUAACAAGAUAUACUUAAAACAGUUGAAAUCCAGCAAAAUUAAAUUGGAUAGUAGGACAACAUUCUUAUAAUGGACCGAAGACUAAUGAAUAUAAUUUUAUUGGGCAUAGGAUUUAUGUUCGUGUUUACAUCUUAUAUGACUGUCAGCAAUAUCGAGAAAACAGUAUUGAAAAGUAUUGAAAAAGAAGACCCCUCAUUUACCGGCGAUGGGUACACAAGUCAGUGUAUCAUAUAUGGCGUGUUUGCUCUAUGCAACUGGUUGGCACCGACAAUAAUUGGUAUUAUUGGUAGCAGGAAAUCUAUUUACUUGGGAUCGAUAUGUUACGUAUUAUUUUUGAUGCCGUUUUUCUUGUCGUCUACAUUUCUGCUGUACACAAUGUCUGCGUUGCUGGGUUUCGGUGCGUCAUUAAUUUGGACAGGACAGGGCAUUUACCUUACUUUGAAUUCAGACUCAUCGACUAUAUCUAGAAAUUCAGGAAUAUUUUGGGCCAUGUCAAAAAUGAGCAUAUGUAUCGGAAAUGUUUUUAUGAUAUUGGUGUUCUGUGACCAGACUGAGUUUAACAAAUUCACCAGAAUUUUGAUAUUUACCGUGAUGGCAGUGGUGUGUAGUUUUGGGACGCUUAUAUUGAUGGUCUUGCGUCCGCCCGUGGACGCCGAAGGCAAGAAAAACGAAGUAAAUUUAUGGAAAUCAAACAGUAUGAAUCCAAAACAAAAAAUUAAGGGUUCAGUGAGGCUUUUGAUGACUAAACACAUGCUUAUGCUGAGUAUAUUAUUUUUGUUUACCGGUCUGACCAUAUCUUUCAACAAUAGUGUAUACAGUUCGAGUAUUGCGUUCACUAAGUCUAUCAGCACUAAUAGCAAACAACUAAUAGGUUACACAGCACUAGUGGGCGGAGUGGGCGAAGUCAUAGGUAGUUUAUUGUGCAGCAUUUUAGGUAAAAAGUCAUCGAGAUCCAGUUCAAAGUUCAGUGGUCUAAGUCGUUCGACUAUGAUAAUUAUCAGUUUUUUCAUUAACAUCGUAGCGUACGGCUUGAUCUUUGUAAAUUUACCAAAUGAUUCUCCAUUCGGCGAUACUUACACAAAAUCGAUUAUCAAACCUAAUCAAUACUUAGCUAUAUUUUGCGGUUUCCUCUUGGGUUUAGGAGGCAGUGGUUUUAACACGCAAAUAUAUAAUGUGAUUGGAACGAAGUAUUCAAGUAACGUUGUUUCUACCGUAUCAUUGUUCAUGUUUAUGCAGUCCACGUCAGCAGCGAUUAGCUUCUUUUACAGUAAUCAGUUUGGAAUCUAUGUACAACUUAUCAUAUUGACAAUCGUAAUGACCAUCGGUACUUUAUCGUAUAUUGUUGUGGACAAAAGUGUUUCCAUUAAAUGAUUUAAGAAUAAGAACGAUGAAAAUACUCAAAUUUCAACACGUUACUCACGUUUAAGUGUAUAACGUUAUUGAUAAUAUUAUAAAAUACUUAUUG